GGGUCCGUUGGCGCUCGAGCGCAGUGGGAUGGGACUUGGCUUUUCAGGGGGAGCUGAAGACAAACUAACGCACGCACGGAUUUUACUCUUGUCUAAAAACAUAAAUGGUUUAACCUGCGAAAAUGCUGAUCCUGCUUAUUGCAACGUGUAUGGCCUUUGGGUCUCACGCCCAGAUGGAUGUCCCAGAGUUUGGUGACGUGUGUGCUCAGGGCAGCUGCUACCCCGCCACCGGAGACCUGUUGAUUGGUCGAGCCCACCGGCUGACGGCCUCCUCCACAUGUGGACUCCAGCAGCCAGAACGCUACUGCAUUGUCAGCCACUUGCAGGAGGAGCAGAACUGUUUUGUGUGUGACUCCAGACAGCCUGGCCAUCCUAACAGCCACACCAUCAGGACCGUGGUCACCACUUUCACUCCCAACCGCCUCGUCACAUGGUGGCAAUCAGAGCACGGCGUUGAGAAUGUGACCAUUCAAUUGGACCUAGAGGCCGAGUUCCAUUUCACACAUCUCAUUAUGACCUUCAAGACAUUCCGUCCUGCUGCUAUGGUGAUUGAGCGUUCCAUGGACAAUGGGAAGAGCUGGCAGGUGUACCGUUACUAUGCCCACGACUGUAAGAGGACCUUCCCAGAUAUACCUGAGGGGCCAAUCAAAAAGGUCGAUGACAUCAUCUGUGAUUCACGGUACUCGGAGGUAGAGCCGUCCACUCAAGGAGAGGUGAUCUUCAGAGUUCUGGACCCAGCCUUUGAAAUCCCUGAUCCCUACAGCGUUCAGAUUCAAAACCUCCUGAAGAUAACUAAUAUUCGCGUUCGCAUGCUGAAGCUUCACACCCUUGGUGAUAACCUUUUGGAUAUCAGAGAGGAGGUCCGACACAAGUACUACUACGCACUGUACGAGAUGGUCGUCCGCGGCAACUGCUUCUGCUAUGGCCACGCCUCCAAGUGCGCCCCAUCGGGUCAGAAUGAGGGGGACGCUGAGGGCAUGGUCCAUGGUCACUGCAUGUGUAACCAUUAUACUACCGGUCUGAACUGUGAGAAGUGUCAGGACUUCUACCAUGACCAUCCAUGGAAACCUGCUCUGGGUCUAAACACAAAUGCAUGCAAGAGGUGUGAGUGUAACCAUCAUGCAUACGCGUGCCACUUUGACAUGGCGGCGUACCUGGCCACCGGCAACAUCAGUGGGGGGGUGUGUGACGAGUGUCAGCACAACACCAUGGGCCGUCAGUGUGAGCUCUGCAAGCCCUUCUACUACCAGCACCCCGAGCGCCACAUCAGAGACCCCAACAUCUGUGAACCGUGCAGCUGCGACCCUCGUGGCUCUCUGAACGGGGGUCUGUGCGAUGGAACGACGGACGUGCUCGCCAGUCUGAUCGCUGGUCAAUGCCGCUGCAAGCAGAACGUGGAGGGAGAGAGGUGCGAUCAGUGUCGCCCUGGACACUUCGGCCUGAGCGAAACACCAGAGGGCUGCCAACAAUGCACCUGUAACCCACUGGGUACGGUUCCUGGAUCAACACCAACUCUGGAAGCCUCAGGUGGUGAGUGGUGCUGUAAUCCGGUGACAGGGCAGUGUGUGUGUGUGUGUACUUCUCUUGCAAAGCCUCAACACUGGGGACUUAGCAAUAACAUGGACGGCUGCAGACCAUGUGACUGUGACCAAGGCGGGGCCGUCAAUAACGACUGUAAUCCGGUGACAGGGCAGUGUGUGUGCCGGGAGCACAUGUUUGGCCGUCGCUGUGAUGAGAUUGAGUCUGGCUACUACUUUAUCUCUAUGGACCACUACACCUAUGAAGCAGAAGAGACCAAAUUUGGGCCGGCUGUGAGUGUGAUCCAGAGGCCGUACCCUGUGGAUCGUGAGCCCACCUGGACAGGUGUGGGGUUGGCCAGGGUUCCAGAGGGGGAGGAGCUACAGUUCACCAUCAACAACCUCCCAGAGACCAUGGACUAUGACCUGCUCAUACGCUAUGAGCCACAGUUACCAGCGGAGUGGGAGAGGGUGGCGGUGAGGGUGGACCGGCCGGUGCUGGACGGACCGCGCUGUGCAGACACCACUACUGACCAGCAGGCUGUCUCACUGCCCCCAGGGUCCAGGCAUGUGCCUCUGCCGGAGCCCAUCUGUUUUGAGGAGGGCCAGAACUUCACUGUUCACCUAAGUCUGCCCUUCUACUCCUCCCAGAGUGACCACCAGAACCCAUUCAUCUUCAUUGACUCAAUUGUGCUGAUGCCGCAUGCACGCUCGCUGGACAUGUUCUCGUCAGAUGUGGACUGGGACACGUUCGAGCGGUACAAAUGUCAGGAGCGCAGCCAGAGCGUCGUCAAGACGCAGAUGACUCACAUCUGCAGAGACUACAUCUUCAGCAUGUCUGCUCUGCUGCACCAGGGAGCCAUGAAGUGUGUGUGUGAUCCCCAUGGCUCCCGUAGCACGGUGUGUGAGCCAAAUGGGGGGCAGUGUCAGUGCCGAACCAACGUCAUGGGGCGGAGCUGCGACAGAUGUGUCCCCUCCCACUUCCUGUAUCCCAACUGCAGGCCCUGUGAGUGUGACCCCCAGGGCUCGGUGACUCAGUUCUGUGCGGACGCCACUGGUCAGUGUGAGUGUGUUCCAGGGGCGUAUGGACGCCAAUGUGCCCACUGUCUGCCCAGCCACUGGGGCUUCCCCCACUGCCAACCGUGCCACUGCAACGGGCACUCGCAGUUCUGUGACCCGCACACGGGUGAAUGCCAGGGGUGCCGCGGCAACACAGCAGGGCACAACUGUGAGAGGUGUGACGAUGGUUUCUAUGGCAAUGCGCUGCUGGAGGUGGGGGCCCAGUGUCGGCCCUGCAUGUGUCCAGACGGGCCAGGCAGCAAGAGGCAGUUUGCUGUGGGCUGCUACGAGGACCUGUACACACAACGCGUCACGUGUGCAUGCAGUCCAGGGUACACAGGUCCACGUUGCGAGCAGUGUGCCCCGGGUUACUAUGGCAACCCAGAGGUCCCCGACGGGCAGUGCCUGCCAUGUGAGUGUAACGGUAACAUCGACCUGAUGGACCCGGGGUCCUGCGACGCACACACGGGCGUCUGCCUCAAGUGCCUGCACUACACCGAGGGCAGCGGCUGCCAGUACUGCAAGAGGGGUUACUAUGGCGACGCCAAGACGCAGGACUGCAGGAAGUGUAUGUGUAACGAGCGGGGCACCAGUAGCCAGGGCUGCACGGCGGGCGAGUGUGUGUGUGACGAGUACAGCGGGCAGUGCCCGUGUUUGCCCAGUGUGGUGGGUCAGCAUUGUGACCAGUGUGCCAUUGACACCUGGAACUACGACAGUGGAGAGGGCUGCCAAGCCUGCCUGUGCCACCCCGUACACUCAUACGGCUCCUCAUGUGACCAGCUGACAGGCCAGUGUAGUUGUCAACCGGGUUUUGGAGGUCGAACUUGUGAAGAAUGCAGAGAAUUGUUUUGGGGCAACCCUGAGGUCCAGUGUCAUGGCUGUGACUGCGACCCCCGUGGCAUCUCCAGUGAGCAGUGUAACAAGCGCACGGGAGACUGCGUGUGUGUGGACGGCUACGCCGGCCGGCGCUGCGACUCCUGCGCUCGCGGCUACUCCGGUCAGUUCCCCGACUGCGUGCGCUGCCACCAGUGCUUCAGCGAUUGGGACGUCACCGUCGGCGAGCUGACCAAUCACACGCAGCGCCUGCUCCAGACUGUUGAGGAUGCUCGCGUGGGCGGGGUCGUCGCACCGUAUAAGGAUUUGAUUGACAGCAUAGAGCAGAGUGUGACGGAGCUGAGGGCGAUUCUGGAACUUGACCCCAUGUCCAAGCCACUGGAGGACACUCAGAAACGGCUGCAGGAGGCCACGGACCUGGUAGCGUAUCUGUCCCGCUCCCUGAACGUGACAGAGCUGACUCUGGAGGUUGUGUCUGAGGAGCACAACAGGACCGGCUCUCAGCUGGAGGAGCUGGAGAUGGAGGCGGCCAAACUGCACCAGACCGUCAGGGACGUGCAGGACCAGGUGGAGCGAGUGAAGAACUCCAAUAUCAGAGGAGCCUCUGACAGCAUCACUAAAUACUACCAUCAGUCCAUUGAAGCUGAGCUACGUGCCCACGGCGCCACCUCUAGUCCAUCCAGCACAGUGCAGGAGUCCGCCGUUGUACGGCAAACCACAGAGGACAUGAUGAACCGCACCAAGGCCGAGUUUGACCUGAAGCAGGAGCAGCAGACCAAACAGCUGGAGGAGCUGGCCAAUGAGAUCGAAACCCUGGACCUAUCAACACUUAGCAUCACGGCAUGUGGUGCAGGCUCAGAGGACGGCAGCUGUGGUGCGUGCGGCGGUCUCGGGUGCGUGACGGAGGACGGAGCGCCCCACUGUGGCGGGGAGGGGUGUGGCGACGUCAACUCAGUCGUGCAGGAGGGCGUGAACGCCGCCAAGAACUUUGACAAGGAGAUCUUAAAGGCCCUACAGGAGGUGGACAAGCUCAACAGGAUGGUGUCAGAGGCUCGUGGUCGAGCUGACGUUGCUAGGCUGAAUGCUCAGGACGUUUUGCUGAAAGCCAAUCAGAGUAAAGAGAGGGUGGAGCUUAACAACCAAGAACUACGCAGCCUCAUACAACAGAUACGGGACUUCCUGAGAAACAGCACAGACCUGGAGACUAUCGAGGCGCUGUCCAAUGAGGUGCUGGCGAUGAGCAUGCCAGCGUCGGCAGCCCAGUUGGAGGAACUGACCAAUGAGAUCCGAGAGCGUGUCAAGAGCCUGACCGGCGUGGAGGAGAUCCUCGACCGCAGCCACGGCGACGUCACACAAGCACGCAUGCUGCUGCAGGACGCCAAAACCGCCAGUGAUGAUGCCACUGAAAUGAAGAACACAGCGGACAUGUUGAACAAGUGGUUGAAUCAGACAGAGCACACUCAGAUAACCACUCAAGACGGCAUCAAAGAGGCCAGCGCUGACAUCAAGACAACACAGGACCUGCAGGCUACUCUGGAUUCAGAGACUGCGUCUGCUGAGUUGAAGUUGAAUAACGGGAUGCAGAGUCUGGUGGGGAUGGAGAGGGAUCUUUCGUUGAUUAAAGCCAAAACGCAGGAGAUAGUCAGCACAGCGCAACACACACAGCGUAACACUGAAUACAUCUCACAGGAUGUGGCACAGACCAAACAGGAGCUGGACUCGGAGGUGAUGAAGAGGUACUCCACCAUGGAGAGUGUGAUGCAGCAGAAAGCAGGCAAUGUGAUCGAGGGCCGACAAAAAGCCAAGGAGCUUCAGGAGGAGGCCAAACGCAUGCUGGACCACGCCAUGGCCUCCCUGCAGAAACUCAGAGAGCUAGAGCGGUCAUAUGUGGUUAACCAGCAGACUCUAGAGGAAAAAGCCCAGAUUCUGGCGGGGCUUGAAAAAGCAGCCAAGGAUGUGCUUCAGGAGAUCAGUCACAAAGUCACCGUCUACAGUAUCUGUUUGUAACCAAGAAAACCUUCCAAACAUUCCAUCACCUCAGCGUUCUGGAAGAUUCUAGAAGCUCUGCGACAAUCAUAUUGAAGCUUACAAACAGACCCAAUAUAUAAGCUAAAAAUGUAAUUUGUGAUCAUGUUAAAUCUGUAUAUCUUUUUGUUUUAAACUGUACACAUUACCAAGCUAUUUGUUUUAUACAUUAUUAUGUACUAUGCAAUCUGUUCUCAAACGGACAUCCAGAACUAAAACAUAAAUGUAAAUUACUAAUUUGAACAUAUGAUGAACUAAAACGAGAAAGAUGAAUUUGUCUUAUUUCCGACAUUUCAACUAAAGCAUUCCCCCACACCA